AUGUCUCGACUGCUGGCACUAUUGGUUUCGGCAGCUUUGGUAGUAAACCCGGUUGCUGCCACCGGAGCGGUGGUGCUUCCUCGAGCAUGGUUAACAAUCCAGCCAAACGAGAUGAUCAUACCAGAUGAUGUUCAGGGCCGGCCCAGAUACCUGAGCUGGAUGGCCGACACCAUCAUCAAGAAAGGCGUUGCGCCCACCAACGCAUACACCACAUCGGCGGCGUACUCCGGGAUUCUCCUGGCGCAUAACCGAACCAGCGACGCCCGCUACUACGACUACGUGCGGUACCAGGUCGACGUGCUCCUGUACCCCACACAGGACGGGACGAUCGCGCUCUACAACGGCAGCCUGUCGCUCGACGACAUUCGCAUUGGUCACAGUUUCUUGGACAUGUACGAGUCAACAGGCGAAGGAAUUUACCUGGCGGCCGCCCAGCUGCUGCGGAAGCAAAUCAACGAAACUCCCAGGACGCCCGACGGCGGCUUCUACCAUCGCUACCCCACCUACGUGGACCAGAUGUGGCUCGACGGCAUCUACAUGGCCGAUGUUUUCUACGCCCGAUGGACAGCGCUCCUGGAACCUGACAACUUCACGGCGUGGGAUGACAUCGCCCUACAGUUCGAUUUGAUCAACGCCGGCACUACUUCAGACCCCGCUACCAAAGGACUACCGGUCCACGGCUUCGAUGCCAGCCGGACGCAGGUCUGGGCCGACCCCGAGACGGGUGCGGCGCCGCACGUGUGGGGCAGGGCGGUAGGCUGGUACAUUAUGGCGCUCGUCGAUACGCUCGACUACUUCCCCUCGUCGCACCCCGGCCGUGAGCGGCUCCUGGGGUAUCUAGGAAGUCUCGCGUCUGCCAUUGUAGAGGCACAGCAUCCCACGACCAAAGGGUGGUGGCUCGUCAUGACGCCCGGGUACGAGGGGAAGUGGGGGAACUACAUUGAGACUUCCGGCACGGCCAUGUUCGUCUACGGGCUUCUCAAGUCGGCCAGGCUAGGCUACAUCAAGGGGGAACGGUACUUGGCGUCUGCGCUGGAUGCUUAUGCACUGUUGACGGAGACGCUUUCCAUUCCGUCUGAGUCGGAUGGUGGUCUCAAUCUGCAGUGGACCGUCCAGACCGGCAGUUUAAGUUCCAACGGCACUUUCGAGUACUACGCCAGCAUGCCCGUGUUCGAGGAUGAUCUCAAGGGCGUCGCGCCAUUUUUGUUCUCGAGCUACGAGUACGAAUUGCUCAAAGAGGAGAUUUAA